CCGUAAUGUACCUGCGCCUCAGUGACCUGGUAAUAACAUGCCCGCCUUGAGCAGUCCUGUCCCUCGCCCACCUGAAUCUUGAACCGACGUACACCACUACGCCGCCUCAAGAUCCAACAAGUCAGGGUCCCUCAUCUCCAAAGCUCCACGGCUUUAGGCAGCGCAAGAUGGAGGGCCUCUUCUUCAACGUGAACAAUGGCUACAUUGAGGGCAUUGUUCGUGGCUAUAGGAAUGGCUUGUUCACUGGCGCAAACUACACAAACAUGACACAAUGCGAGACCAUCGACGACCUCAAACUCCAGCUGGGCCCUGCCUACGGCGACUUCCUCGCCUCCCUCCCUCCUAACCCGUCGACGUCGAGCCUCGCGGCCAAGACGACAGACAAGCUCGUAUCCGAGUUUCGCUAUGUCCGGGCCAAUGCCGUCGGGUCGCUCGCCAAGUUUAUGGACUACCUCACGUACGGCUACAUGAUCGACAACGUGGCCCUGUUGAUCACGGGCACCCUGCACGAGCGCGACACUCGCGAGCUGCUUGACCGGUGCCACCCGCUGGGCUGGUUCGAGACGAUGCCGGUGCUAUGCGUGGCGACCAAUAUCGAGGAGCUCUACAACAGCGUGCUGAUCGAGACGCCGCUGGCCCCCUACUUCAAGGGCAGCCUGAGCCACCAGGAUCUCGACGAGCUCAACAUCGAGAUUGUGCGCAACACGCUGUACAAGAACUACCUCGAAGACUUCUACCAGUUUGUCAACACGAACCCCGAAAUGUCGGGCACCCCCACGGCCGAGGUCAUGUCCGAGAUUCUCGAGUUUGAGGCCGACCGCCGCGCCAUCAACAUCACGCUGAAUUCGUUCGGUACGGAACUGUCCAAGGCAGACCGUAAGAAGCUGUAUCCGAAUUUCGGCCUGCUGUAUCCCGAGGGCACGCUGAUGCUGUCGCGCGCCGAUGACUUUGAGGGCGUGCGUCUUGCUGUCGAGGGCGUUUCUGAUUACAAGUCGUUCUUUGAGGCGGCUGGUCUGGGCGGUGGUCCCAGCGGUCCCAGCAACAUGGCCGGUGGCGCAGGGUCCGACGGCAGGAGCCUGGAGGACAUGUUUUACCAGAAGGAGAUGGAGAUUUCCAAGGGCGCCUUCACGCGGCAGUUCACAUUCGCCAUCAUCUACGCUUGGGUGAAGUUAAGAGAGAAAUCCGCAACAUCACAUGGAUUGCCGAGUGCAUAGCACAGAACCAGAAGGAGCGGAUUGGCAAUUAUAUCAGCGUGUUCUAAUUUGCUUCGGCGGUUUUGCUUUUGAGCUUGUUGCGUUUAGCUUUGUAGAUUAAGUUGCCUACCCGGAGCAUGAACAGUAUAAGUAAUCAGAAACAGGAAGGGCGACGGGCGUCUAUGCGGGC